AUGUAUAUAUUUUAUUAUUUAAUUAUUUUAAGUAUUGUACAAAUUAUUGAAUCUGAAAAUGAAAUUGAUUCUUUGAUACCGAAAGAAGGAUUAAAAUCAAAAUCAAUUUCAAAAAAGAUACCAUUUGAAACAUCAAGAAAAAAUAAACAACAUCGUAAGAUAAGUGAUUCAAGAAGAAAAGAUGAGUUUAUUUCAAAUACCAAUAACCACGAAAUGUUAUUUUCAAUUGAUACAUUAGAAGAUCAGAUAAAGAAACCUGAAAAUAUAUCAAUUAAAACAUUAAAAAUAAAUGAUACUAUCAAAUUUAGUAAAGCUGCUGAAAUAGACAGUGAUGUUAUUGAAAAGAUUGAAAAACCUGUAUUAUCUAUAAAUGAGCAUAAAUCUCAGGAGGAAGAAAAAAAGUUUAAAGAAGAAGAGAAAAAUAAUGAUGUUAAAGAGUCAAUUAAUAUAACUUUAAAAAUUUCAAGUACCACAGAAAAGGAAAAUAAUUUAAGUAUUGAUGUUGUAAGCAAGAAGAAUAUUACUGAAUUAAAAAAUGAACCUGAAAAUAAUUUUAAUAUACCAGAAGUUAAAAAAAAGUCAUUAAAAGAAUCUUUUUUAAAGGAAGAAGUGGAAACAAUUGACAUUACAACAAUAAGUAGUAUUGAAAAAUUGGAAAAUACAAAAGAUUUUAAAAGUAAAAUGAUAGAUAAAAGUGGUAAUAAAACAAUUAUUAAUGAUACUGAAAUUAUAUUUCCAACAAAAGCAGAUGAAAGUUUAAAUGAUACACUUUCAAAAUCAAGUAAUUUUACAAUUACUGAUGCAAUUAAAGUUGUUGAUUUUGAAAAGUCACCCAAUAAAAGUGCAACUAAAAUCAAAGAAAAUCAAAAUAAUGUUACAAAAUCAGAAAAAAAUUUUCACAAUAUAUUUUUAGGUAAUAGUUUAAAGGAAAAUUUGAAUGUAUCAAAAAUUGAAAUAAUUACUGGUGUUUUGACUAAUGAAACAAAAAUAAACACAUCAAAAGUUUUAGAAACAGUUAAUGAUACAAAUCAAACAAUUGUUAAUGUAACUGCUAGUACUACCUUGCCUUCAACAACUACAUCACUAGUGCCAAUUAAAACAACUGAUACAAUUAUUUUAGAAAAUAUUUCUAAAUCAAACAAAGAGAAAACAGAUGAUGUUAAAAAUGAUUCCAGAAGUAAUAUUGAAAAUCAAAAAUCUACAUUUUUUGUUGUUAAAAUGAGAGGUAAUAAAGUUAUUGAGGAAAUGAAGUUUGAUGAUGAAAUUGAAGUAAGAAAGUUUCUUUCAACAACAACACAACCACCUCCAACAACUACUUCAACUACAACCACAACAACAACAACCACUACAACAACAACCACUACAACAACAACUACUCCAACUACAACUCAUCCUCUUCCUCUUCCUCCAACUCCAAAUACAUUAAUACCAAAUGAAGUUGCUACAACUUUAGUACCCAGAGGAAUGCCACCAAGUGCUAGACCACCAAAUGAUGAUAUAAUAAAAAAAUUAAAUACAGCAAUAGACUUUAUAACAAUAGCCAAAGAAUUAGGAAUCUUUCGUACCAAUUAA